UCUGGUAUUGUUGAGACAACAAAAUGCAUACUAUUUUUCUAUCCGUUUGGACAUUUUUGCUACUGUGCAAUGAGAGUAUUGCGAGUCCCAGGAUAGAUCCUUUAGUAGAAACCAAGGUUGGCCUCAUACGAGGCCUAAGCGCAAGUGAUGGUGACUAUUCAAUGUUCUUAGGCAUACCUUUUGGCGUAGUUAAUGAAUCCAACCCUUUUGGACCUUCAACGCCGUAUCCAGAUUUUGAAGAAACAUUUGAAGCGUAUUACGAUUCUGGAAUGUGUCCACAAACGCAAUUCGGGGACAUAGUUGGUUCAUUGGACUGUUUGCAACUUAACAUUUACGUGCCAAAAUCAGCUAGCUCUCAAAACCGUGUACCCGUCCUGGUGUGGAUUCAUGGUGGAGGUUUUUCAGGUGGUUCUUCAAAUCAUUAUGGUCCGAAAUUUCUUGUCAGGCAUGAUAUUAUUUUAGUAACAAUUAAUUAUCGCCUUGGACCUUACGGUUUUAUGUGCCUUGGAAUACCUGAAGUUCCUGGUAAUCAAGGACUUAAAGAUCAGGUACUAGCUUUACGGUGGAUUAAUGAUAAUAUACAUUCAUUUGGUGGAGACGUGAACAAAAUAACUUUAAUGGGGGAGAGUGCAGGCGCGAUGUCCAUUGAUUUACACUUGCAUUCAGCACAAGACAGACUUUUUAGAAAUGCCAUUCUGCAAAGUGGAGUGACUUCCUUGCCGGGCUUAGUAAGGCUUCCGAGACCAGAAUUAUCCUUGCAGUUAGCAGAGAAACUUGGUUUUGUAACAGAAGAUGUACUUCAAUCCUUGACAUUUUUGGCAACAAUUGACUCUCAUCUAGUGAUAGCAGCUGCUUCUUAUAUGGAUUUUGGGAGUUUCUUUCCAUGUGUUGAAGAAAAGUUUGAUAAUAUAGAAAGAUAUAUAUAUGAUUACCCAGUUAACACUGGUGUACCUAAUGUGGCAAGUAUGCCCGUGCUAAUUGGAUUCAAUGACAAGGAGGGGUUAGGCCAAUAUGCAAAUAAAAAUUCUGAAUACUUUCAAAUACACGGUGAUUUAUUUGCAAACCAUUUAAAUAAUGGUUUUGAUUUUGAUGACGACAAACUUAACGAAAUGGAAACAUUAGUACGACACUUCUACCUUGGUGACGAGAAAAUAAGUGAAGACGUCAAAUUAGCUAUUAUAGACAUGGUUUCAGAUUUUUGUUUUAAUCAUCCGAUUCAAAGAAUUAUAGCAAAGUACCUCGAAAAUGGAGCAAAUAAUAUUUACCACUAUGUUUUUUCCUACAAUGGAGGAAGAAAUUCGAUGUCGGGGACAAGUAACAGAACAAUUGAAGGUGCAUCGCAUGGCGAUGAACUCGGAUACCUAUUCGAUUUAAGUCAAUUGCAAGAAGCACCAACACCUGAAGAUCAACUAGUAAUAGAUGGAAUGACUACGAUGUGGGCAAAUUUUGUUAAGUACAGCAACCCAACUCCACAAGUGACAGAAUUGUUACCAGUACGAUGGAAUCCAAUUGUGAAGAGUUCUCCUUAUUAUUACAUAAAUAUUGGCUCAGAAUUAAAAUUAGAACAGAGGCCUUUUCACAACAGGAUGGCAUUUUGGGAUCUCUUCUAUAAAUUAAACGAAAACUACUUAGGAGGUUUCAUGACUAAUAUGCAAUAUUGUUAAUAGUUUUCCUUUAUAAAUAUAUAAAACACGGAUAUAAUGAGGUGAGGCGAGGGGGAAUAGGAAAAAUUGCAGACGAAAUGGAAACCAGUGUACUUUUCGACGAUACAUUUAUUACUAACUAACCUAACCUUACACCUUUCAUUACAUAAUAUAAUUAACUGUAACGAAGUACUAACAUA